AUGUCUGGACGUGGCAAGCAGGGAGGCAAGGCUCGCGCCAAGGCCAAGACCCGCUCCUCCCGGGCCGGUCUCCAGUUCCCCGUUGGCCGAGUUCACCGGCUGCUCCGCAAAGGCAACUAUGCCGAGCGCGUCGGCGCCGGCGCCCCGGUGUACCUGGCGGCCGUGCUGGAGUACCUGACGGCCGAGAUCCUCGAGCUGGCUGGCAACGCGGCCCGCGACAACAAGAAGACGCGCAUCAUCCCGCGACACCUGCAGCUGGCCAUCCGCAACGACGAGGAGCUCAACAAGCUGCUGGGCAAAGUCACCAUUGCUCAGGGCGGCGUCCUGCCCAACAUCCAGGCCGUGCUGCUGCCCAAGAAGACUGAGAGCCACCAUAAGGCUAAGGGCAAAUAAGCAAAUUUAUUUGCAACCAUAACAAGAAACCAAAGGCUCUUUUCAGGGCCACCUAUCUUUUCUCUUA